AUGGAUCGGUCAUAUUUCUACAAUGUGAUUCAUUUAAGUUUAUCAUUUUUUUUUAUUUUUAUGUCUUAUGGUAUUACACAAACAUUUCAAACAUCAUCAGAUUAUGCUAAAGAUGGUGCAUUUGCAGUAGGAAUCAUUUAUUUGGUAUUUUGUUUAAGCAAUUUAGCUUUAUCAUCAUAUAUAACUCGACGAUUAGGUGCACGAUUAACAUUAAUUUUUUCAAGUCUAACAUAUGUAUUAUUUAUUGCUUGUAAUAUAAAAUAUAAUAGAUGGCUGUUAUAUAUAUGUGCAUUUUUAGUUGGUUUUGGUGCAGCUUUAUUAUGGGCAGCUCAAGGUGUUUAUGUUACAAUAUCAACAAAUAAACAUGAAGAAAUAAAUAAUUUGGUAUCAUCAUCAACAAGAGGAUUUAUGAAUGGUAUGUUUUUUGGUAUAGUUCAAUUAAACCAUAUCAUUGGAAAUUUGCUCGUUUCGUUCUUAUUUGGUUUAAAGUUUGAUCAAUGGAUUAUAUUUACAAUAAUGACAAGUAUUGCUGGAUUAGGAACAUUCAGCUUAAUUUUUCUUCGACCUAUAAAAAUACCAAAAGUUGAAAAACAAGAAUCGUUUCUAUCGAGUUUAUCAAUAUUUUUGGAUAUUCAUUUUCUUUUACUUAUUCCAACGAUGUGUUAUAGUGGACUAUCUCAAGGAUUCAUUUUUGCUACUGUACCUCCAUUGAUUAUUGAUAAAAGUCGGAAAUAUCUAAUGUUUGCUGUAUUUGGUAUUAGUAGUACUAUUAAUUAUAUCAUUUUUGGAAAAUUAAAUGAUUUAAUUGGUCGUCGUCUUCUUAUUUUUGCUAUUGGUGCACUUACUCAUAUGAUUGUUUUCGGACUUUUAUUAAUUGUAUGGAAACCACCAUUAGAUCAAAGUCGUACUGAGAUAUUUGUUAUAUUGCUUAUUGGUUUAAGUAUCGGUGAUGCUAUAUUUUGGACACUAUUAUAUUCUAUCAUAGCCACCUUCUAUGGAAAAACACGACCAACAGAUGCUUUUGCAUGUUUAAAAUUAUUUCAAUCAGGAUUUAUGGCUAUAGCUUUUGUUGAACAAGUUUAUCUUCCAAUUUCUAUACAAGUCUUAUGUCUAAUUGUUUGUUUGUCAUUGACUCUUAUUACACUUAUUUAUGAACAUUAUGCUGUUAUAUCAUUAGAUACAGGCAAAACAAAACUAUCAAUACAAAAUAAAAAUAAAAACGAAACUGAAGCUGACAUAGAAGUACCAUUAGUUUUAACGACAUUAUUGAAUGAAUUAUGA